AUUGUUGGUCAUUGCCGUUAUUUCUGUUGGUCUUCUAUAUUGGAAACGAAAAGUAAUAAAAGAAUGGUUUGAUCAUAAAAAAGGUUCUAUUUCAAAUCCGAAACCGUUGAUAUCUUUUAUUAAUUUAAAAUCUGAAGAUGAAACAAAUGCUCUUAAUGAAUAUGAUGAAUUAAAUAAACGAUCGUUAAAAAUAAACUCAAAUGAUAGUAUUGAUGCUCGUGGACUAUGGAAUCGAACUGCAGUUUAUCUUGCUGAUCCAAAUCGAGCACAUGAUUAUAUAAAUGCAAAUAAAAUUAAAGGUUAUUAUAGCGAUGAACAAUAUAUAGCUUGUCAAGGUCCAUUACCCGAAACAUUUGAAGAUUUUUGGUCAAUGAUCUUACAAUACAAAGUAUCAAAAAUAAUUAUGUUAACAAAAUUUGAGGAACAGACAAGCAAUGGUCAGUAUAUUGACAAGUGUGGUCAUUAUUUUCCGAUUGAAAAGUCUUGUGAAACUUAUGGUCGUAUCAAGGUAGAAGUUUUAGAAGUUCAACGCGAGCCAGAACUAGAGAUAAGAUAUUUACAAAAUAAUCACACACAACAUGUCACACAUUAUUUUUUCACCGGUUGGCCAGAUCGUGGUGUAGUUGAAUGUCGGCAACUAGUCGAUCUUAUACAAAUGAUCAAUAAAAAUACAUUGAGAAAAAAAUAUAAAAGACAUAGCGAAAGUCCUAUCGUCGUCCAUGGCAGAUCAUUUAACGAUGUUAUUCGAGAUCUUCAUACAACUGUUAAUUUUUAA